AUGACCCUGUCAACCCGUCCAUCCGACUGGGACAGCUUCCCAUUACCAGUCGACUGGGCAGACAGUCUGACGGGCUACGAAUUUGGCAUCAAUGACAAGAUACUCGACUGGGAUCAAUCACUGUUCCUCCCGCCGUCUCUGCCCGGCAGCGAGGAGGCAUACAGCUGGCAAUUGACGCACGACGAAAGCAGCGAAAUCGAGAACAACGCAUCAUUAUGGAAUCCGUUCGAGUUGGCGAGUGGCUGGUCGCCGAUUCCAGAGUAUAGUCUGCCUCUGCAGGCACAGAAUUUGGAAUUGUCGGGCCAGGGGAUCCUGACGAGUCCGCUCGAUUCGCAGAAUCGUGUCUCGUCGGAAAAAUCGCGUUACUCGCAUACUCGACAAUCUGUCACUCAGAAGCAAGCUCCAAAACGGCGAUCGUGCAGGACAAUAUCCACCUCAGAGUCUGUGUCUACGAAUCAAGCCAGCGACAAUGGCAGCAGCGAUUCGACAAUCGACCAACAUCGCUACAACGACGUGGAUGUCUGCGACAGACCAUCCAAACGCUUCAAAACAGGACCCUCUUCUCGCCAGUCGGACUCUAUCUCCCGUUCAGCGAAUGCGACAAACGACGUCCCUCCGUGGCUAGACGAUCCUACCCCCUCUCCAGAAGACCGACGAUUCAGCACCAGACUAUCAUCUCCUCUCUCCUCGCCAUCCUCCUCGUCCUCAUCCUCCUUAUCGUCGUUCUCAUCACCGCCAUCGUCAUCCGAUACUGCGUCAUCAACCUCCAACGAAAGCGGAAUUGAGUACCGACUCCUCUCAGCGCCAGAUCUGGGACCAAUCCCAUCAAUACCCUCCGUACCGCCCUUUGAUUACGAUGGCGAGAGCAGCAAGAGCUCUCCUAGCACCUCUACCCCUGGCGCUACCUCCUCCGAUUCGGCAGAGGAGGACAUUCUCACGCCAUUGGAAAUGCCGGAUGGGUCGAUUCGAUAUACGGUCAACUGGCUACCGGUGGAGCCGGGGGAUAUAUUCAUUUAA